AGCCGAGGCGACUGACAGAGACGCGGCUCGAGUGGCAGACGCAGCCCGGGCUGGUCCAGGUUCAAGGACGGGGUCGAAGGAAACACCAUCAGGCGAAACGAUGGCAGCGUUCCAAGAGAUCGAUCAGCCGGCCGCGUCACGUCGAGGCCCUCGUUGUCGCCGACACGACCAUGAUGGCUUUUCAUCAGGACGGCGACGUCGAGACGUAUCUCCUGACCAUCAUGAACAUGGUGUCGUCCCUCUACCUGGACCCCACCAUCGGCAAUUUCAUCAACGUCGUCGUCGUCAGGAUCAUCCUCGUCGAGGAGGACGAGGCGGAACAAGGGUUGGACAUCACGGUGAACGCGGACAGGACGCUGUACAAUUUCUGUAAGUGGCAACAGAAGCUGAACCCCACGGACGACUCCCAUCCGAACCACCACGACGUCGCGAUUUUGGUGACGAGGCAGGACAUCUGCUCGAGGGCAAACACCCCGUGCAGCACCCUGGGUGUCGCCCACGUAGCCGGCAUGUGCCAGCCGGACCGCAGUUGCAGCGUCAACGAGGACAAUGGGAUCACCCUGGCGCACACGAUCACGCACGAGUUGGGACACAAUUUCGGCAUGUACCACGACACGGAGAAGAUCGGCUGCAGUAAACGAGACGGUGACACUUUGCACGUGAUGACGCCGACGUUCGAGGUGGACACCAUAGGAGUGGCCUGGUCCAGAUGCUCCAGGAGAGACAUCACCAAUUUCUUGGACCAAGGUAAAGGGGUAUGCUUGGAGGACGAGCCGGCAGACAACGAUUACGCGUAUCCGGACUUGCCACCCGGCGCGAUGUACAAUGCGGAGCACCAGUGCAGGCUGCAGUUCGGCGUCCGCGAAGCCUCCGUCUGUUCUCCGUUGCAGGAGAUCUGCUCGAAAUUGUGGUGCAUCGUCGACGGCAUUUGCACCACUAUGCUUCAUCCGGCCGCCCCGGGGACACAUUGUGGCAAACACAUGUGGUGCCAGAACCAAGAAUGCGUGCCGAUCGUGGACAGGCCGAGGCAGAUCGACGGCGGCUGGGGCGAAUGGGGAUCGUGGAGCGAGUGCUCUAGAUCCUGCGGCGCCGGUGUCUCGAUCGUCGAGCGGAAAUGCGACCAUCCGGAGCCGGCUCACGGGGGUAAGUUCUGCAUCGGCGAGAGGCGCCGUUACAAGAUCUGCAACACGCAACCCUGCCCGGAGGGCACGCCCAGCUUCAGGGCCGUGCAAUGCAGCAAUUACGACGGCAAGGAGUACAAAGGGAAGAACUACACCUGGCUGCCGUACUUCGAUCAAACGGAACCUUGCGAAUUGUAUUGCACCGACACGGAGGAAAGCGUGAUCGUGCCAUGGGGCGAGGCCGCUCUCGACGGCACGCCGUGCAACGUCGGCACCAGGGACAUGUGCAUCGCCGGUAUUUGCAGAAAGGUCGGCUGCGACUGGUCGGUCGAUUCCGACGCGACGGAGGAUCGUUGCGGAAUCUGUCACGGGGACGGGACGCAGUGCGAAACCACCGGUGGCGUUUACGACAAAAACGACGGGCCCGGGUACAAAGAGGUGGUGGUGGUACCAUCUGGCUCCCGGAACAUCAAGAUCGAGGAGAUCGGCAACAGCAAGAAUUACAUCGGCAUCGGCGUACCGAACUCGGACAAGUACUUCCUCAAUGGGAAACGGCAGAUCACGUUAGCCGGAGAGUACGAGGUAGCCGGGACUCCAGCGUUGUACGAACGGGAUCGCGACAGAGAGAAGAUCAGGAUCCCUGGACCGAUCAAAGAGGACAUUGCAGUCUACUUGAUUUCCAGAGGACACUACCGCAACUUCGGGCUGCGUUACGAGUACACGGUGCCGAAGAAGGAGCCUGAUCGCGCGCCGGAAUACUAUUGGGAAUUUUCGGACUGGUCAUUGUGCACCGUGACUUGCGGCGGUGGCACGCAGGUCUCCAAGGCUCUUUGCAGGGAGAGGAAGAGCGGAGUAGUGGAGGACCAUUUCUGCGAGGGCAUCAAGCUGCCGGAAACUAUGUGGCGGGACUGCAACACGAACCCCUGUCCUGCUAGAUGGUGGAUCGGCCCGUGGCAAAUGUGUCCGGUGACGUGCGGAGAGGGUGCGCUUCGGAAACGAUCGGUGAUGUGCGUGUCCUCCGGAAUGGGGCCCGAUCGUUCGGACUUGGCGUUGCCGGAUCGCGACUGCAACAGAGACGUGAAACCGGAAGAGGUCAGCCUUUGCCCGAAUCUGCCGGCAUGCGGCUCGACCACGGAGGCGCCCUUGAUCGUCUACGCGGACAACAAGGACGCCUCCUUCUACAACGUGAGCUCGAACGAUCAGGACGGCAUCACGAUCGUCGACGGUCUGACCACCGAGGAGCCGGAGAUCCUCGAGUUCGACAACGUCGUGGACGAGAACCCGGACAACUCUAUGUACAACACCAAGUCGAAAUGGAUCGUUUCGAAAUGGAGCCACUGCGCGAACAGAAAGAGGAGCAGGAAGGUCAGCUGUUCGGUGCAGGGCGACUGCAAUCCCGAGAACAAGCCGGCGACCGUAGAGUUCUGCCAGGGCGGUAGGUGGGUCACAGGAAGAUGGGGAUCUUGCAACGCGACUUGCCUGGCAAGGGUCGGCGUUAAGAGCAGGGAAGUCGACUGUCGUGACCGUGUAACGGAAUUACCGUCGGACGAUUGCAACCCCGAGAGAAGGCCAAUCGAUACGAGGCGUUGUUAUCAUAGGCGGCAAUGCGCGAACGAUAAAUCCGAAUGCAAGGACACCAUCGUUCCAGCCUCCGUCUGCACGACGUACAAACGCAUGUGCGACGUGUCAUCGAUCGUCCAGGAGAAAUGUUGCGCCACGUGUUUCAAAAAACGCCGACACAGCCGGCAAAAUAAAAGGCACAUCAUCGACGAUUGACCGAUCGACGAUUCGGUCAGCAGGACCAGCGAAAGCCGUCUGAACGGAUGCGAGAAUCGUUUAUGAAUCACGCUUUUCCGUGAAACAGAAUCCGUCCCAGUUGCGCGCGUUUGUUUUUGAUGUUCUCCAAGUGCAUCGACAAACUUGCUGCAUCGCAGAAGCUCUGCGGAUGCAUGAUAAAUUUCCUACAUUCCUUCCACGCGUUUUCUCGAGAGCAAUGACCUCAAAUCAAGGUCAGAGUUGUUCGACGAGAGUCAUUAGUCCGUGCUGGCAUUCCAGUGCGAACAAUACUAUGAGAUUACACUUGUAACAGAAAAUUAAUUUCAGGCGUACCAUUGCUUCGAACAUAAACAAAUAACAUUAUUUAUAGUUCUUUUUUCAGAUAUAGUGGUUCUAACGGUGCGAAAUAGAGAAAUUAAAAUGUGCACGGUGUGCAAACGUUUGUAUAUACAAGUUCUCGAUGUGUUCUUUAAUCGAAAAGAGUAUGUAGAAGCGAACUUUUGUAUUUAGCGUUGCAGAUUGAUUACCAUUUUUGAACAACGGUUGUAGAAUAGAAACGAUCGAUGUGCCAAGUAACAAAAUUUUGCUGGAAAACAAUCGUAUGCUUCGGAAAGAGUGAAGUAACAACAGCUUUGUCUAAUUCAAAUGUACAUUUUCUGCAUUGUAUUAUCACAGUUUAUGUGUACCGAUUUUUUUUUACAAUAACCAGCUCCGUUUCUCCGUGGUACUCUCUUCUUGUACAAUCGUAAAUGUGAGACUGCAGUCAUUUAUGUAACACCAACUUACGUGAUGUGCAUUGUAUAAAAAUAAAAUAAAACUUUUUGAUAAUCCUUUGCUGCGAA